AUGUCAUGUGAUCCCAGUCUGAAACCGGAGGCGCCCUUAACGUCGAGCCAACCCUCACGGGUGGCGAUCACAGCCUCCCCAGCGUUCAGUCCUUCGGCCAAAACCAAUAGACCGGCCGAAGAGUUCUUUGUGUCCAAAGAUUUCAUACUGACACCCAAUGGCGCCGACGGUAUGUCUAAUGAACUUCUCAUUGAACUAACAAAAGGCAAACACUCGGCCCUCAACUCCAUAAUGGGUGCCAACUCUGGAGGUCUGGCGCUUAACAUCACAUUUGCGGGAACUGUUAGUAUCAGUGCUGCCGGAAGUGAUGGACACGCAGUGAAGGUCUCGACCGCUUAUUUGGGAGGUUUGGGUCUUCUUCUGGGACUAAAUGCUGAGCAAAACAAAGCCUUUUCAUUGGAUUCCGAAUCUAUUCCUUCGGAUCCAUUCCUGAAGAAUAUCUACGAAACAAACCUAAACUCCCAGAAAACGUUAUCCACGUCUGAGACGGGAGUACUCGUAGCCCACGGGUCGGCCACCGGAUCCCAAAUCACGACAAACAACGGGAAACUGGAAAGUGGUUUAAUCGGAGGCUUUGUUGUCGGAUCUGUCACUAAAGUGUCCGCUAAAUAACCACUGAAUCUAUAUUUAAAUCAAAUUAUAUUUAUUAUAAAUAUCCAGUAAAUUAAAUCUUUAAUUAAAUUUUAAUUCUUAAAUAAAACCCAAAUAUUUAUUAAUCAAUGAGAAA